AUGACACUUCGCACUUCCUCUGUUCCACGGCGUGUUUCUCUACCGUCUCAUCCCGAGUCCUCCCUUCCUGACAUUCGUGACCCUGAGUCCGACAUAGUUCACGCUGCUCAUCCUACUGCGCAUCUCCUGGCCACAGUUGUCACUGACCCUACUUUUGUGUCUACUACUGCGUCUGCCUUAAUCGCUGAGCUUGUAGACUUUGCUGCUACAUGUCGUCUUGACUACGUCGCGAGUCUUAUUAUUGAGUCUGAGUCUGACUGUCCUCCGUCCGUCGGGGGUGAGCUUGCCCUUGGCACGGACGUCCUUGAGGACAGGCAGUUUGAACUCAAGUGUCUUGCGGCUGCUGUACCUCAUCUCGCUGCCUUGGUGCUUGCCCCUGAGGGAGACCCGGAUGCACUAGACAUUACGACUCCGCGCUCUUACGCAGAGGCGAUUUCGGGUCAGUACUCCUCUCAGUGGCAGACAGCCAUGGACGCAGAGAUGGCAUCUUGGAAGUCCACAGGCACUUACGUCGACGCAGUUCCCCCACCUGGGGCGAACAUAGUCGAUGGCAUGUGGAUUUUUAGGGUGAAGCGGCCGCCGAGUUCUCCGCCUGUCUUCAAGGCGCGUUACGUUGCACGAGGCUUCACACAGCGUGACUACGAGCUCCACUCGCUUGACUUCAGCACAGCUUUCUACACGAAGAGAUUUGGUUACGUCGCCCACCUGGCUUCACUGGGUCUUUUCCUGAGGGUACCCUGUGGAGCCUCCGGCGGCCAGUCUACGGUCUUCGCCAGGCGCCUCGUGAGUGGCACGCUGAGGACGACGCUUGCGGCUCUUGGGUUUGCUCCUUCGACUGCUGACCCGUCGCUGUUUCUACGCACCGACACUUCCCUGCCGCCGUUCUACAUCCUUGUGUACGUCGACAACUUGGUCUUUGCUACUGCUGACACUGAGGCUCUCGCCCUCGUGAAGUCGGAGCUGCAGAAGAGACACACCUGCACUGACCUUGGUGAGCUGUGCAGCUAUCUUAGUUUGCAGAUCACUCGGGACAGAGCACGGCGCACCAUCACCCUGUCUCAGUCACACAUGGUGCAGCAGGUCCUUCAGCGCUUCGGCUUCCAGUUCUCCUCGCCACAGUCCACUCCUCUGCCUACAGGUCACUCGCUCUCAGCUCCACCUUCGGAUGAGUCCGUAGAGCCGAGUGGUCCGUAUCCGGAGCUUGUGGGCUGUCUCAUUUACCUGAUGACCUGCACACGGCCUGACCUCGCGUACCCUCUCAGCAUCCUGGCACGCUACAUUGCGCCCGAGACACCGACCAGAGCAUUGGCGGGCUGCUAA